AUGGAAAAGUCACGCAAUGUUAGACCGAAAGUAGACAAGCGACAAACGAGAAGUAACCCCAAUCGUGUUGGACUGCAGUACGAUUCUAUCAGUGGAUACAUGGUGCUGAUUUCAGCCCCCACUACACUCGAAACCAGUGAGCUGGAAGCAGAAAUCAACACUUACAAAGUGGUUGACAGUCACCCGGGCACUGAAGUUGAGGCAAAAUUCGCUCACAACCCCAGUUUGUCCAAGGAUGGACAGUUUCAACCAGGAAACACGGGAUGGAGCCCCGAAGCCCCGUCGAGUUUACAUUCAACAGUUGAAUGCACUCUAGCCGAUGAUAUAGGUGCACUCUUUACAUCAACCCCCACCUCUCAGGAUGCGCAGGGCAGGCUUCAAGUUCCUCAGGAAACCAAAAGAAGUCCCUUUGUAAACAUCAAUUACUCUCCUGGAAGUGGAUUGGGAACACUGUAUGGUUCUGACUCUAUUACUUCUACACAGCCUCAGCCGGACUCCUCCAGUGCCAACGGAGAUAUUUAUAAGCUGGAUUUGCAUGCUGGUUUGGUGACGGGCACCAACCUGGAAGGUUCCCCGGGAAGUGAGCCGGAGGCCAAGUUUAUGCCUGAUCCUGCAAACCGCGCUGUCCAGAGUUCUUCAUCUGGGUUCGAGACACAAACCCCGAGCAAGCAAACUGACACUUCUAUUGAUUGCCUCCCAGGCAACGAGGUGGACGCAAAGCUUUCUUCCGAAAUCGGUAGUCUCGGCCUUGAGUACGACGGUCCUUUUAAUCAAACAACGAACACCGCCACCAUGACAGACGCUCAAGAAAGAGCUAAGUGUUCUCCAGGUAGUGAGAUUAAAGCACAGAUUUUAUCGGAGUCAGCCAGCCAUAAAAUCACCCCAUCGGAAGCCCAGACCUCUGUUGAUUGUCCUCCUGGAAGUGAACUAGAGGCCAGGUUAGCUGGUAACGCAGCUUCUAUUGAGAAAAGCCUGUCACAGCCAGAACUACCCACUAGCCUUGACACAUCCAAGAUGACCAGAGUUGCUGUCGACAAUACACCUAGGAAUGAGUUGAAGACAAAAAUCUUUUCUGAGAUGGCGAGUGCCGAGUGUCCCAGUAAAAAUAAGGAUGUGACCGCCCUGGAUGCUAGUGACAUUCGCCCCCGUUAUACUCCUUUGGAAGCGAAGGUGCAAGCCAAUAUGCUGGAUUUUGAUGCUUCCGAAGAUCGCAAUAAUGACUCCAUUCUCGAAAGCCAGGACUCAGCCGAAAAAGGAAAGCAACCAGCAGCCUCCCAAGCUCCUUCGCCUCAAUUCCAUAUUCUCGCUUUUGAUACUUCGACGUCGCAAGUCUCAGCCGCACAAGCAGACUCAUUUUUCGCUGUUGGUGAACAUCGUCAGCCAAUUGAAAUUCUGUCUCGACUGCAAAACCCUGCCAAAUUCCUCCCUUAUUUUGAGAAGAUGCAAGAAGAUGGUUACGAAAUUGCAACCGGGGGAGGCAAUAUCCUUGUCUUCCGAAAGACUCAAAGCACCCCUCGUCACACUCUCUCAGAAACUGCAACAGACCAACCAGCAACUCACGCCGAAAUUUCCCGGCAUCCUUGCCACAACUCAAAGGACCCCGCCACUACAUGUUCCAGAGCUCCCUGGCAAUCCACCAGUAUGGUGAGUAGAUAG